GUUCUUUUCUUGUGUACUCCUCUACUGGAAGUGCAUCACACAUUUUUGACUGGUUUUGCGUUUAACACGUAAUGCAAGCUGUAAUAGUCACAAAAGCUUCGGGAAGUCCUGAAUUGAAGUCUGAUAUCCCUAUACCAGUACCUGGUCCCGGAGAGGCACUUGUUAAAGUUAUACGGGCAGGGAUAUGUAACACAGACCUUGAAAUAAUUAAAGGCUAUGCAGGCUUCCAAGGAAUUGUUGGGCAUGAAUUUAUAGGAAAAGUCGAAAAAGUAAAUCCAGAACCUGAAGCAGGUGCUUGGAUUGGCAGAAGAGUUGCGGGUGAAAUAAAUGUCUUUUGUAACGUCUGUGACAUUUGUAAAGGUGAUGAUUAUGUUAGGAAACGAAAUCACUGUCCUGAUAGAACAGUCAUGGGCAUUGUCAACAAGAAUGGUACGUAUGCCGAGUAUCUAACAUUGCCACUACAAAAUCUUUUUCAAAUACCAGAAAAUGUCACUGACCUACAGGCUUGCUUUGUCGAACCACUUGCUGCAGCAUGUCGAAUUGUUGAACAGGGAUUGGUGUCCACUGGAGAAAAAGUAGCAAUUGUAGGAGACGGAAAACUAGGUCUGUUAAUUGCUGAAGUUAUGGCACAAGAAGAUUGUCAUGUCACUAUAUUCGGUCGACACUGGGAGAAAAUGAAUCUUUGUCCAGAAAAGAUUACUAAAGUUUUAAGUGAUGGUUCAGAAGAAUUAAUCAACAAAUAUCGAGAUUGCUUUGAUGUGGUUGUUGAGGUGACAGGAAACAUGGGAGGUCUUAUGUUAACUGCUGAAAUAACUCGCCCGCUUGGAACAGUUGUUUUGAAAACCACAUGUGCCUCUGGAGGGACUGAAUUUAAUACAUCGCCGUUUGUUGUUAAAGAAAUUAAACUGAUUGGGUCCAGAUGUGGACCAUUUGCCAAAGCCAUUAAAUUUUUAAAGGAUGAGAAGAUAAAUGUUGACAAGCUUAUAACAAAAGUUUAUCCAUUUAAGGAGGCAAUAAAUGCCAUAGAACAUGCUGGGAAGAAAGGAACUCUCAAAAUACAGCUUAAAAUGGAUUAGUAUUUCCAACUCUUGAUAUUACGUCUGCUUUGUGUAUCCAUUACUGCAUUUUCAAUAUGUUUCUUUGCUAUAUAUAUAGUUGGUUGUCAUUA